AUGUCGGAACAAGGAUGGAGAUGGUUCCCCCCCGUCAAGACGGACUGGUCGCUGGACGUCGUCAAUCUUCUCGUCGUCAUCGGCGAGUCGGCCAUGGUCGAGCACGCCCAGCCCAUCACGUCGUCUGUGCUGUGCGUGCUGCCGCGCAUCAUCCCGGCGCCCCAGAUCUUCCUGAAGCCGACCAGACCGACGCGCAUGCCGGACGUGUCGGCGACGCUGACGGGCGUCUACUCGGGGACGAUGCUCCGAUCUGUCGGCUUCUUCGCCAACCUGGUCACGCCCUUCGAGGACCUCCCUCCCCACAGCUUCGUGGUGCGGGAGGUGAAGCACGCGAGCCGUCGGGACCACGUGGAGCCGUCGGGUGGGCCGCAGUCCGGCGGACGCAGGAGAGGCCUCCUCUCGCGGCUGAUGGCCCCCCGCCGUCAGGCCAUUCCUCGCACCGAUAAGGGGGGGGAGCAGCUGGCGCCGGCCCGGGAUGAGGAGGAGAGCACCGAGGCCCAGGACGCGGAGCCCGUUGGCGUGACUACCGGUCGCCACCACGGCAACGACGACGACGACGACGUCGGUGGCGGCGGCGGCGGCGGGGGCCCUAAGAACACGUCUCGGCGCCGCAACGCCGUGGGGAGGCGGACGCUCCAGGACCUGCUGUCGCUCCCGAAGCCCAGGUCCGAGGGCGACCGGCCGGCCAUCCCGCCGCGGCUGUUCUCGCCCCUGCAUCUCCUCAGCGUGCUCUCGUUCGUCGUCACCGUCGCCAUCCUCGUCUGCGCCGCCGUCUGGGAGGACGGGCCGGCCAUCAUGGCCAUCUCGCUCAUCUCCGUCAUGUCCUCGCUCGUGGGCUUCGCCUCGUUCUGGCGCCCCGUGCUCAUGACGCGCAGCCACAACGACGAGACGCCGGCGGGGGACGUCGUGAUCCGCACGCGCGAGGGCGCCUUCGUCCUCGUCCGCUGCACCGAGGACGUCGCCCGCGAGCUGUACUCGGGCACGGAAGAGUGCGACUACUACGUCAAGGGCAACGGCUACUACCUCCUCAUGGCCACCGGCGCCGUCUUCCUCAUGAUCAGCGUCGUCCUCCUGGGGAACUGCAAGUGGAACUCGCAGGUCUUCAUCGGCGCCUCGUACAUCACCCUCAACGGCCUCUACUGGGCCCUCGGCAUGCUGCCGCCCCGCUACUUCUGGGACAUGUCGCGCUACCACUGCGAGACCGUCACCCCCCGCGAUUCCCUCAGCGCGAACGAGGACACGCCCGGCGUCGACGGACCGGAAGGCAAGGCCAGCUUCACCCGCACGCUGUGGUACGCCAUCCGCGAGACCGGCACCGCCGCCUGGGUCCGCAACAGCGAGUCCGCCCCCCAGACCAAGCAGUGGGACGUGUGGCUGGCCGAGGCUGGCCGCAAUGCGCGCGACGGGAACCGCGCCUGGGAUGCCGUCGGGCGCAAGAAUGACAUCAUGAAGAUGAGGGAGGACGAUCUCUGA